AUGGCUUUGCAAGCAAGUCUGCAUCGUUUCUCACCGAAGGCGCUGGAUCCGCCGACGAUUGCUGGUACAUUCAGCAUUUGGGUCCGCCCAUCAGAUGCCAGCAGUGGUUUGCCGCGGUCUGCCGACGUGUCUUUCUCGUCUUUUCGGCAGUUGCUGUUUUUCUCCUUUUUCUGGUGCUCCGCUCUGAUCAUUGUGCGUGAUCACGUUUUCCCUUCCAAAGCUUCGGGCUGCUUCAGCUCAACGGAUGCCUUCUCGUUGUGUUUGCGCAAAGGCUUACCUACCUGGCUGUUUCCGGUCAUUCGUGGCCAGUGCAGAAUUGCAGCAACAGAGAACGGGGAUGCCGUCGGAGGAUUGUCACGCCAAGCUGCUUGGUGUCUACUUGUAACCGCUUUCCAGGAUGGUUCCGAGUGGGUGCCUGACACCACGCUGAAGCUGCCAGAAUCUCAGACCUCCGAGCUGAGCACCCCGAAUCGGAGACUUGGACUUUGCACCGUCUGCACCAGGCUGGCGCCUGGGCAAAUUCCAGUCCAGGAAGCUGCACAGGAUAUCGAGCACGCAGAGCCAGCACAACCGGUAAAUGCACAGACAGCGCUUCCAGACAAGGUUAAGAAUUUGAGCUUGCUCCACUGGAAGUCUCAUUGGAAAGCAUCCCAGCGCUGCCUCGUGAAGUGGCCAGAAGGCCCAUCAGAUCUGGAGAAGAAGUUGCUACCUUCUCACCCUGGUGUGCGUCGUGGGGUGCUUCCGAAUGGACUGAGAUACGUGGUGCUUCGCAAUGCGAUGCCACCGAAACGUUUCGAGGCUCACAUCGAGCUGCACGUGGGCAGCAUUGAUGAGGAUCCAGAUGAGCAGGGCAUUGCUCACAUGAUGGAGCACGUUUGCUUCCUGGGCAGCCGUAAACGAGAGAGACUGAUUGGCACUGGAUCCCGGUCCAAUGCCUUGACGGACUUCCAGCACACCAUCUACCACAUCCACGCGCCGGUGAAGAUGGAAGAUGGCCGAUCGAUGUACCCCCUGGCUUUAGAGGCCUUGAGUGAGAUCGCCUUCGGUCCCGAAAUGCUGAAUCAUCGCAUUGAGAAGGAGCGCAAGGCCGUGCUCGCAGAGAUGCAGCAGGUGAACGAUAUGGAGUAUCGUAUCGAGACCUGGACGCUGUCGGGCCUGCAUGAGACCAACAAGCUGGGAUCGCAGUUUCCCAUCGGGAAAGAAGAGCAGAUCAAGGCCUGGCAGCAAAAGGACCUUCGCAACUUCCACGAGAAGUGGUACUAUCCUGGAAAUGCAACGCUCUAUGUGGUGGGAGACUUGGAUGAGACGGAGAUGAUCGAUGGCAUCAAGAAGGUGUUCGAGCACGCGCAAGCGAGACACAAGCCGUCCCCGGACUCUGCCAUCAUGGACCCUGUCUGGGGCGAGGAGUCGGCGGACUCUCGAUCUCUGUUUCGACGUCGCAUCGCCCGGCACCGACCCGAACAGCUUCACAACUUUAGCCUACCGAUGAUUGGCACAAAUGACGUUUUCACAAAGGCUGCUGCCUUCGAUCCCGAAAACGGCGGCAAGCCCUGGCAUGGACCUCUGCGCAUCUUCCGGAACGAGCUGCUCGAGGGCCUGCAGCUCAACUUCUACGCCAAGAUGCCAGUUCGCCCCCUGCGGACCUACGAGGACAUUCGGAAUCUCAUCGCCGUCCGAAUCCUUGUGGGCGUCCUGCAGUUCCGCAUUGUUUCGCGGUACUCCUCGAACCACGCACCGGUCCAAAUUGAUCACAGUGACUCCUUCCGUGAAGGCUGUGCUGUGACCUCAAUCACCGUCAACGCAGAUCCUCGGGACUGGCGCAAUGCACUGGCCUGCGUACUUCAAGAGAUUCGUGCAAUCUGCGACUAUGGCAUCACCGAAAGUGAGAUGAAACGGUACAUGGAUGCUAUGCUGAAGGACGUGCAGAAGGGUGUGCAAGAGAAUGACACGGUGCCCUCAGAAGAUCAUCUCAACUUCAUCAUGACAAGCGAUGUCUUCGACCACGUAGUCAUGCAUCCGGAGCAGUCCUACGCUGCCUUCAAGGAGGUUGCGCCAACCGUGACCAUGGAGCAGGUUCAUGCAACGGCCAAAUGGAUGCUGGGUUUCAUCGGCUACUACGGCUUUGCUACUGCACCCCCGGUCACUGCCAUUGUUGUGUGCACUCCAACGCAGGUCUACGAGGAGCACACGGGCAAAUGGGUCCCCUUCAGCAUAACCGAGCAGGAGAUCAUAGAGCUGCUUAUCUCGGUGCCUGACAAGACGAAAGAGGAAGCGCUGAAUCAGGUGGAUGUGCCGGAAAACCUGCUAGCAGGAGACAAGUUGGAGAAGCUGCUGCCACCGAGUCCCAUUGAUGCAAUGACCGCAUGGAGAGCGUCUUCACGAAAGGUAGAUGAUGCCACCGGAAUCGUGCAGCUCAUGUUGCCGAAUGGGGCGCGGGUCAACUAUGCAUGCACUCCAAACGAGUCUCAAGGAACAAUGCGCAUGCUGGUUCCUGGUGGUCGGUCCUCCGACGAGUCGGAUGAGCUGGGUUCCGCUAUGGUUGGCAUCCGGACCAUCUCCGAAUCUGGAGCUGUCAGUGACUUCUCGCGAGAACAGAUUGAGCUGUUUGCAGUCUCAAACUUGAUGAGUGUCCAUCUGGACUUGAAUCUCGAGUUCUGCUACAUUGAUGCAAACUUCACCAACACCACGGGUGGCAGCUCGGCUGGUUUGACAGCUGUCCGGCUCCCAACUGAUGCUGAAGUUCAUGUGCGAGGAGUGCAGGUUCUCGAGCUGUUGCAUCUGCUCUUCCAGGAGCCACGCUGGGAGGUGCCAGCCUUCGUGAGGGCCCAGCAAGCCUACAAGGCUCAAGCAUACGCAGUCCAGAAAUCCUUGGAGCAGAGCACCAUGGAUCGACUGAUGCGGAUGAUGUAUUCCGACCCGCGUGUCUCCGAAGCGAAGAUCGAGGACCUCAAUAAGCUUACCCUGGCCAAGGUUCGCAGAGCUGUGAGUGGACAGCUCCGACCACAGGACUUGGAGAUCAACUUGGUUGCCGACUUCGAAGGCCGAGGACACGGCAAAAUGGCGAGUGUGGAGGGCGGACUCAGCACCGGCAAGCAUCGCGAGGCUGAGGGAGAAGUCGAACCGGAGGAGGUAGAGCUUCCCGAGGCAGCGAAGCAGCGCAGGCGAGUCUUCAAGGAAGGGGAGACCGGGAGGGUGAAGAGAGAAAGUGCCCUGGAGUGCGUCGCUGAGCGCGAGCGAAGGUUUCUGGAGCUAGACGAAGCUUUGUGGAAGUACCUGGGCUCGCUUCCCGCCAGCGAGGUGGAGCAGGUCAACCUAGACCGCCAUCCACAGAUCAACAAGGGCGAGGAGAUGUCUCCGGAAGACCGGCAGCGUUCAGCGCACAUCGAGGACAGCGACGAGCGAGCGGUUGCCAACAUCGGCGGUGGUGCACCAAACCGCUGGGGCAAAGGCGACAAGUACCAUCAGGAGGCACAAACUCUCCAGUGUUUCUUGCCAUGCCAGCAGCCCAAUCGUCCUCAGAUGAUGGUGGCCAAAAAGUUCUCCUGGGAUGCGCCGAAUUCCAAGCUCAAGGAUCAUCCGCUCUACCCAUCCAUGUGCCUCAUGGCCAUGCGAGAGGUCAUCAACACGCGGCUCUUCUCCACAGUGCGAGAUUCGCUGGGAUUGUCCUACGACUGUAGCUUUGAGCUCUCAAUGUUCGACCGAUUGGAGGCUGGAUGGUACAGCUGCACCGUCAGUGCCCACCCGUCCAGGAUCAUGGAGGCGGUCAAUGCAGCCAAGGGCGUGCUCCAAGGCGUGAAGAGACGCCCGAUUUCAGAACUGGAGCUCUCCACUGCGAGGAGGACCUUGCUGCGCCGUCAUGAGACCGACCUCCAAAGCAACGAGUAUUGGAUCUCUUUGUUGACCCACCUGCAGUAUGAUAAUCCAAAGGAUAUCAGCUGCGUGCGGGAUAUCGAGAUGAUGCUCGAUGCGCUGACAUGGAGAGAUGUGCAGAAUGCUUAUCUGACGCUUCUUACCGAGCCGGACCAGCUUUUUGUGUCUGUUAGUCGAGCUGGACCCGGUUCCAGUUUUGUCUCCGGCGGUGCUGCUCCGACUGCCGUUUCCACGAAGCGUGCGUUGAGCGAAGUUAUGGUGGACUAG